AUGCCCAAAGGAUCUCAACAUCAACAUACUUCUUCGGAAGAAUCCAACUCGCGCUCCCAAGCUCCUAGCCAGUCGAUUUCGUAUUCCAACAGUCCUUUCAUUGCUUCGUCCACAGUAGAGCGAGUUGACCACCAUACAAGAAACAGCGAUAAUGAAGAGGAUGAUGCCUCUAGCUUGAAUGUAAAUCACGAUGAGGAUUCUAAAAAGGUCAUACAUGAACAAAUAAAGGGCGGAGAUUCCAUUCAGUCGAUGGAUGUUUCCCCCGGACGGAUAUCCCCAGAAGAUGUCAGCGAAUUCAAUAAAAAGCCCAAAUCCAAGUCCAACUUUUUUGUGAGGCUCCUUACCUUGUCCUCAUCUUCCCUUGUUUCCAAUCAAGCCAAUUGCUAUUACGAUGAAAACGGUGAAGUGGAAGACUCUAUUUAUUCUGAAGUAAGGGCCUCCGUUCCUCCUACCGACGAUUACUCCAAACCCGUGAAUACAUGGAGAACUUGGGUGCUUACCACCAUUUUUGUCAUUGUGUUUGCUGCUGUCAACCAGUUUUUCAGUUUGCGUUACCCUUCUCUCACUAUCAACUUUAUUGUCGCCCAAAUUUUAUUGUUUCCUCUUGGCAAGCUCUUAAACUUACUUCCAAAUUGGACAAUCGGUUACCGUCGUUGCUCCUUUUAUCUCAAUCCCGGCCCUUUCAAUACCAAAGAACACGCUACCAUCACCAUUGCGGUCUCUUUAACUUCUUCAACCGCCUAUGCGACAAACAUUUUGUCCGCUCAAACAAGCUUUUACAAUCAAGACCUCUCUUGGGGAUACAAAAUUCUUGUUGUACUGACUUCCCAGAUGCUUGGUUACGGCUUUGCUGGCCUCACCAGGCGCUGGAUUGUCUACCCAGCCAGCAUGGUUUGGCCCCAAACUUUGGUCAGCGCUGUCCUCUUUCGAACUCUUCAUGGCGAUGGCGGUAAUGACAUUGGAGAAACAAAAGAAGGAAAGACCACUGCCAACGGCUGGUCGGUAUCUCGUUAUCGCUUUUUCACCUACAUUUUUAUCGGAGCUUUUGCUUUCUAUUGGUUCCCUGGCUUCAUCUUUACCGCGCUGUCUUACUUUACCUUUUUGUGUUGGAUCUGGCCUAAAAACCGUGUCGUUAACCAGCUCUUUGGAUACAAUUCAGGUCUCGGCAUUGUUCCUGUUACAUUUGAUUGGCAACAAGUCGUAUAUAAUUCCAAUCCUUUGGCUUCUCCUUGGUGGGUCAUUAGUAACACGAUUGGCUCUGUGAUUAUUAUCUUCUGGAUUGUCGUUCCCAUUUUGUACUACAAGAGUGUCUGGUUUUCCAAUUACUUGCCUAUGCUCUCUUCUUCUACUUAUGACAACACCGGGAAAACAUUUAAUUCUUCACGAGUCUUGAACUCUGAUUUGUCUUUUGACCAAUCAAAGUAUGAGUCCUAUUCUCCUUUGUACAUGCCCAUGUCUUAUAGCAUGUCUACUGCAUUAAACUUUGCUGCUGUUACUUCCAUCUUUACCCAUUGUAUAUUGUACAACGGCAAGGAUAUUUGGCAACGCCUUCGUGAUGAACGCGGAGCAUUUGAGUGUGUCCAUCGAAAAUUAAUGCGUAAUUAUCAAGAGGCUCCUCAAUGGUGGUAUUUGUCUUUAUUCAUUGUUACAUUCGGUCUAUCUAUUUUUACGAUUCAAUAUUACGAUACACAAUGUCCCGUAUGGGCUUUUAUUGUUGCAAUGCUUAUAUUUAUUAUUAAUUUUGUUCCUCAAGGCAUUCUUGAGGGUAUCACGAAUCAGCAUGUUGGUCUCAACAUCAUUACCGAGUUAGUUGGUGGUUAUAUGUUACCGGGAAAACCUGUAGCAAACUUGAUGAUUAAGCUUUACGGCUUUAUUCCAAUGAGACAGGGCUUAGAGUUUUCAAGAGAUUUGAAGCUAGCUCAAUACAUGAAGGUCCCUCCUCGUAUAUUGUUCUCCGUUCAGAUUUUCGCUACUGUCCUUGGUGGUGUUACACAGGUGGCCGUUCAAGAAUGGAUGCGUUUUCACAUUAAAGAUAUAUGUACUCAUGCGCAAAGUGAUGGGUUCACGUGUCCCAAUGGACGUUCCAUCUAUAAUGCUUCAUUGAUUUGGGGAGCUAUUGGGCCAGCGAAAUUGUUUUCCAAGGGAAGACCUUACUACCCUUUACUCUACUUUUUUCUAAUCGGUGCAGUCGCUCCGUUUUUGACAUAUGUGCUAUAUAAGAAGUUCCCAAAAGCCUGGUAUGGAAAGCUCAAUGCCCCAGUAUUUUUCACUGGACCAGGGAACAUUCCUCCUGCUACGGGUAUUAAUUACUCGUCUUGGGCUAUUGUAGGAUUCGUUUUUAACUAUGCGAUCCGCAAAAAGGCCGUGCAUUGGUGGACAAAGUACAACUACGUGUUAGCAGCUGCGCUAGAUUCGGGCGUAGCAGUUGCUGGCGUUGUUAUUUUCCUUUGUGUAUCGUAUCCAGGAGGAAGUUUAAGUUGGUGGGGAAAUUCCGUUUACAAAAAUACGUAUGACUGGAAGAGUAUGCCUUACCGUUCCGUGGGUCCAAACGAAACGUUUGGCUAUAGCAAUUGGAGUUGA